UCUUCUUUUCUCUCCAUCUUCGGUCCGCCUCCCCCUCUCUCCCUAUUUAUUGCAGAACCCUCACCCCAUCCCCCUCUCUGAUGAAGGGUCUAGGCCCGAAACGUCAGCUUUUGUGCUCCUGAGAUGCUGCUUGGCCUGCUGUGUUCAUCCAGUUGUACACUUUGUUAUCUCGGAUUCUCCAGCAUCUGCAGUUCCCAUUAUCUCCUGCUUAAUUGUUUCUUGUUUAUUCGAAAGGUUGUCACCCUACCUGCCUCCUGCAGGAUCAGGGCUCGGUUCGGGUGCCAUCUUGCGGUGGUUGCGAGAACGGCCGCAGCUUGCUACUUCGCAACGGUUGCCGUGACCCGCGCCUGCGCCGCGUAAGGCGGGAACAGGCGGCGUUCCGACCCAGGGCAAACGGCCCAGUUUUGUGCAAUGCUGCCGGCUCAGCAGGCAAGAAGGCUUUCCUCACUAUUGGUUGAAGCCAUUAAGGAGUGUACAGAGGAAGAGAGAAAGCUUGAAGAUGAGCUAAAGAGUUAUCGCAAGCUUCUGAAACCCUGGAAUCCCAGAACUGAAGAGAAACCAGCAAAGAAUGGAGCCUCUACCAGCAAGACAGAGCACGGUCCUCAUUUUGAGGAAUUGCAGGAGCUGGAGUUGUUGAAUAGAACUCUGGCCAAAGCUCUACGAAUUCGACAAACCUAUCAAAACAACAUGUUUGGGAUGAAGCAGAUCCAACCACGUGCCUCUGAAGACAGCACAGUGCCAAAUGAUGCAGGAUAUGGCAUUGUCAAACAAUCACAGGCAUCCGACAAUGGAGAUAAACCUUUAGAGGAGAUUUUGCCAAGGACACGAUGGUCAAAUAGCAAGAAAAAGGUGACUGGUGCCAACGUGAACAAUAUUUGUGGUAAAGUGACAGCACCAGUGUGUAAGGAGAGGUACGUAUCAAGCUAUUUAGCAGUUGGAACUGCUGGGAAGAGGGUUACAACACAUGCUGGCUCAUCUAGGAAACCAGGAUCUUGUGCAUUGAAGCUCCCAUAUAAAACCAAGCAGGAAGCGAAGAGAAAGUCUAUGUCCUCGGCUAUGGGGAAAUUAGCUCGAGGUUCCUUGCAUGCUCCAAGCCUAGUUAAAACUGCUGCUAUACAACAAACAAAACGAUCUGCCUCUGUUGACAAGGUGGGAAACAGAGCUCAACAAAGUAGGCACUGGUCCUUGACAACCAUUCCGAGAACAAUCGUAUCUGGUAAUGUACUGAUCCCGGAAGAUACAGACAUGAUUCAAAGAAAAGUCACACCACGCAGCAUACAGAUUUCUGCAUAUACAGACACUGCUCCCACAAUGACAUCCCCUGUCAUGAGACAGCAGGGGGCCAAUUGUAUUAAUGAGGCUGUAUCUUUGCGUGCUUCUGAAGGGAACAUGCUCCAAAAUGAAAGCUCUUCCACGGAGAAACUCAAAUUAUUCACCCUUCAAGAAAGUGGGUCAACACUGAAACUUCCUUUAGCGUGGAGAAAGCAGCAGUGUAGAAAUACAUGCUUAUGGGGACAGGUGUCUACCAGACAAACCGAUGAAAUCCAGAAGGCAAGCUUCAUGCAAAGAAUUCAGUCAACAUUCCAUUCACAGCUCCCACCUGUAAGUUAUGCACAGAUUGAAGAACAAUUGGACAACGUUCGUGAGCUUUACAAAUGUAUUGACCAAUAUAUACGCACAGAUCCCCUACUCAAUUCUUCAGGUCCCCUCAGCUGUCAGCAUGAACAUGAGAGUCUUCAGAUACUGGAGAGAUGCCAAGAAACUGUAUCAAGCCUCAUUCAUCAGAUUGAGCAGCUCAUGGCUGCCGAAACUUUUUGGAUGAAGUUUGGGAACUGCUGGACAGUCAACUUCAAAAAAUGCAAAUGUUUUGGCAGCAAGUCCGCACCCCUCCUAUUCUACUCCACCCUGCAGGAGCUGAAGGAGAUGGAGGCUCUCCGGUUUCAAGUACAUACUCUCCAAAGACAGAUUCAGAUUCAAAAGGCUAUGGCAGAAGAGCUGCUUCCCAUUCUAUUUUCCUCCAUGCCUUCAGAGCAAUCUACUUACCACCUUUUUCGUGCGGUGUACUCUCAGCUUUGUGAAGGAGGAGAGCAAUUUCCUGCCUUGGUGCGGGAUAACAUACCUGAGUGACGGAAGCAACUGAUUCAGCUAAUCAAAGGCGUGACAAAGAUCCAGGCCUACAAGAUGCUUCAAAUAUUUCAGAAUAAUUUGAGAAGAAUUUGUCUGGAGAAGCACAAAGGAUUUCAUACAGAUCGGUCAUCUCCAACACCGCCAUGACCAUCCAUACUCAGCCCAAUCAAAGUGUCCACAUUAAGUGCUACUUGUAUGAACUCUGUCAAAUGAAUAUGGGCAACUUUACUCACUUCUGUAAAGAAGACCCAGAAUUAGUACCUGAUGGGCAAUCUCUCCGAGAAGGAAUGGUGGGUUAUUUGGUAUGAGAAAUGGAAAACUGUUAAACUGUUCAGCAUUGGAGAUAUUAUAUCAGAGCUUUACACUGCAUCUAGCCUGUGCUGUACCUGCCUUGGGGCUGUUUUAUGCUGUCAUUUAGUGUCCCUUUCCAGCAUUAACAUUGUUUAUACUGAUAUAUAGCAAUAUACUUUUUGUAUUAUACAUAUACAGAACACAAAAUUUGUACUUCUUUUGCUAGUUGAAUAAAAAAAAUCAGUGAUUGCAGAGUU